AUGGCGAAUGUCUCGUUCUCCUUCCGGUCGUUCGGUUUCGACCAAGGCUGUGUUCCUGAGGAUCGUGAUAAAGAGGAGAGAGUGGCCAAAGGCGUGCAAGAGCAUCGAGGUGAAGAUGUUGCCGUGCUCAAUCCUUUCUUCUCCGGGUUUGGAAGCCAGCAAGAGAAUUUGAGCAACCAAGGAGUCCGUUUGCCCGACCAAUCUCAGCUUGGGUCGAAGUCUAUGAUCCUUGAUCAGUUCAAUCUGAAUGUUUCCUAUCCAGCAACAUCAGGAUCUGAGGAGAGUCCGGAAUUCGGGAACAAGCAAAAAACGAUGAUGCCUCCCUCUUCCAAGGCGACUCUGGAGCUCCUCAGCAACUAUUGGACGGUAGUCAAGAAGUCGAAGAGAGACGAUCCGGUGGAGAUGAAUCGCGAGGUUUCGGUAAGCCAGCCGAAACUGUCGGCGGAAGAGAUAAUGAAAGUGGCUGGAACUCGGUACAUCCAGUUUCAACAUCAAAGGGACAAUCAUUUCUCCAUGCUCACGCACCCUUUUGGUCCUGCUUUCUCGGGCCUCUCCGAGGAUGACUUGAAAGAGGUUGAACUCGCUCAGUUGCUUCUAGCGGCGGCCGAGAAAGUAGGUGAUCAACAAUUUGACCGCGCCAGCAGAUUGCUUUCGUACUGUGAACUGUUGGCGUCCAAGAGAGCGAGCCCGGCACAGAGAAUCGUCCUGUACUUCGUGGAGGCUCUCCAAGACAGGAUCGAUAAAGAAACUGGACGGAUGAUCAGUGCGAAGGGAUGCGAACGAAAGGCAGGAAAGGAUGAUAUGAGUCAAGGCUUGAGCACAAGCCUUAUAAGUCUUAAGUGCCACGCGCAACUUCCCUUCAAUCAAGUCACUCAAUUCACUGCGCUACAAGUAAUCCUCGAGCAAACCCUGUCCGCAACCCGGAUCCAUUUGAUAGAUCUCCAAAUAAGAAGCGGGAUCCAGUGGAUAGUCUUGAUGCAAGCUCUUGCUGAACGGAAAGGAGAACCGGUUGAGCUUCUCAAGAUAACCGCGGUCGGGUCGGCAGGCAGAGCGAAGAUGGAAGAGGCAGGCAAGAGAUUAGCAAGCGUCGCGGAAUCAAUGAACAUUCCCUUUUCGUUCCAAUUACUCUUUCUGCCAAACUUGGAAGACAUUAGGGAAGAGCAAUUUAACCUAGAGGACGGCGAAGCCAUAGCAGUCUACGCACCAAUGGUGCUGAGGACUAUGAUCUCGAGACCAACUUCCCUCGAGAAAAUGAUCAGUGUCGUCAGGAAUCUCAACCCGUCCGUGAUGGUGAUGACUGAAGUGGAGGCGAACCACAACUCUCCUUCCUUCGUGACCCGUUUCAUCGAAGCCUUGUUCUUCUACAGUGCGUACUUCGACUGCCUCGAGGCGUGCAUGACUCAGGAGACUGAGUACAAGACCAUCGUGGAGGAAAUUUUCAGCAUCGGGAUCAGGAACAUAGUCUCGACGGAGGGCCACGAGAGGGUCACAAGGAAUGUGAAAAUCGAGGUGUGGAGGGCAUUCUUCGCGAGGUACCGGAUGGUCGAGCUCGAGCUCAGCGAGGCCUCGCUCUACCAGGCCACCCUGGUCACGAAGCAGUUCGCUUGUGAGAGGUUUUGCACGCUCAACCGAGACGGCAAUUGCCUGCUGGUUGGCUGGAAAGGGACCCCGAUUCUCUCUCUCUCGGCUUGGAAGUUUUGGUGAGAGAGAGAGAGAGAGAGAGAAGGAUAGGGAUGUGGAUGCCUCCGAGAGUUCCAUGAAGUAUGAAUCUUGGUCUGCAAACUAUGUAACAGUCUCGUCCUGAGUCACUUCUCGUGCUUGGGACGCAGUUCGCUCCUCUGAAUGGUGAUUUCGAGACAUGCUCGCUCGAUGAUCGCGAAUCCGAGUUGUCAAGAUGGUUCAGGUUGGAGAUCCAAGAAGAGAUCGGUGUGAUGUGCGAUUCCUAGAGCUGAACUAUAGCUGCAAACCUUGUAAUUUGAAUAGCCUCUUCACUUUGCAAUGUAUUACGGUCUGUGAUCAU